UGUCAUAAAUUUUGUGAAGUUUUUCUCCCAAGUGGAAAGUGUCACAGGUUCUUUUUGGAAAAAAUACAACUUGAUUUCAAAAUGAGAACAAUUUGCACAUUUUGUGCGGUGGCUUUAGCCAGUAGUUUACUUCUAGUCAGUGGUGAAGACAAGAAAAAGGACGAAAAGGACAAAAAGGACGUAGGAACUGUAAUCGGCAUCGAUCUUGGAACAACGUAUUCUUGCGUUGGUGUAUUUAAGAACGGUCGCGUUGAAAUCAUCGCAAACGAACAGGGAAACCGAAUUACUCCAUCGUACGUGGCUUUCACUCCUGAAGGCGAACGACUGAUCGGCGAUGGAGCGAAAAAUCAGCUGACAACAAAUCCAGAGAACACUAUUUUUGACGCCAAGCGUUUGAUCGGGAGAACAUGGGACGAUAAAUCAGUCCAGAGCGACUUGAAGUACUUCCCAUUCCAAGUGAUCGAGAAGAACAAGAAGCCCCAUGUUCGAGUAGACGUUAAAGGAGCGAAGAAAACUUUUGCAGCUGAAGAAAUCAGUGCUAUGGUUCUCAGUAAAAUGAAGGAAAUUGCUGAAGCUUAUCUAGCGAAGAAAGUUACCCAUGCUGUUGUUACUGUGCCUGCAUACUUCAACGAUGCUCAGCGUCAGGCCACAAAAGAUGCUGGAACCAUUGCAGGUCUUAAUGUGAUGAGAAUCAUCAAUGAGCCCACAGCUGCUGCUAUUGCUUAUGGUCUGGACAAGAAAGAGGGAGAGAAGAACAUCCUUGUGUUUGAUCUUGGAGGUGGAACUUUUGAUGUGUCUCUGCUGACUAUUGACAAUGGAGUCUUUGAAGUGGUAGCAACUAAUGGAGACACUCAUCUCGGUGGUGAAGAUUUUGAUCAGAAAAUCAUGGACUAUUUCAUCAAGAUGUACAAGAAGAAGAAGGGCAAGGACAUUCGCAAGGACAACAGAGCUGUUCAGAAGCUCCGUCGUGAAGUUGAGAAGGCCAAACGUGCCCUUAGUACUCAACAUCAGGCUCGAAUUGAAAUUGAAUCUUUCUUUGAUGGAGAGGACUUCUCUGAGACUUUGACACGGGCUCGCUUUGAAAACGAAAACAUGGAGGCCUUCAAAUCCACAUUGGUGCCAGUUAAAAAAGUUCUUGAAGAUGCUGGUCUGAAGAAAAAGGAAAUUCAUGAAAUUGUUCUUGUUGGAGGCUCAACUCGUAUCCCUAAGGUCCAGCAGCUUGUCAAGGAUUUCUUUGAUGGCAAGGAACCAAGCCGAGGCAUCAACCCUGACGAGGCUGUAGCCUAUGGAGCAGCAGUUCAGGCUGGAGUGUUGGGUGGUGAGGAAGAUACUGGAGAGGUGGUGCUCCUUGAUGUUAAUCCACUUACCUUGGGUAUUGAGACAGUGGGUGGAGUCAUGACCAAACUUAUCUCUAGAAACUCUGUCAUUCCAACAAAGAAAGCCCAGGUAUUCUCCACAGCUGCUGACAACCAGAACACUGUUACCAUUCAGGUAUUUGAGGGGGAAAGACCAAUGACCAAAAACAACCAUCUUCUUGGCAAAUUUGAUCUCACUGGAAUCCCACCUGCUCCACGUGGUGUGCCGCAAAUUGAGGUCACCUUUGAAAUUGACGUCAAUGGUAUCUUAAGAGUGUCCGCAGAGGACAAGGGGACUGGAAAUAAGGAGAAGAUCACCAUCACCAAUGACCAGAACAGGCUUUCACCUGAAGAUAUUGAGAAAAUGGUCAAUGAUGCUGAGAAGUUUGCAGAUGACGACAAGAAAGUCAAGGAGAAAGUGGAAGCAAGAAAUGAACUUGAAAGCUAUGCAUAUUCAUUGAAGAACCAGAUCGGCGACAAAGAAAAGCUUGGUGGAAAACUGUCUGAAGAUGAAAAAGAAACAAUAAGCAAAGCUGUUGAAGAAAAGAUUUCAUGGCUUGACAAGAACCAAGAUGCUGAUGUAGAUGACUUCAAGAAACAGAAGAAGGAAUUGGAAGAUGUUGUUCAACCUAUUGUUAGUAAGUUGUACCAAGGACAAGGAGGACCGGGUGGUCAGGAGGGAGGUAGCCCUCCACCUGGGGAGGAAACACCAGACGAAGAACAUGACAAGGAUGAGCUUUAAGGCUCAAUAUUGUAAAUUAGCAUUCCUGGACAAUUUGUGCCCUGUCAAGAUCAAAGCACACUUUUUUAGAAAUCUAAGAAGCACUUUGAUGAAUUGGUGAACAUUACUUGGUUGCUAUCUUGUUAAAUUGCUUAGUCGAGGGAAAGUCAUUGUUUUAUGAGUGGACGUGAAACAUGGCAAAAGUGACAAGUAUAAUAUAGUAUAUGUACAGCGCGCCGGUAGAUCUGUCACUGGAUUUUUUUCACAUUUUCAGCCUAUUGUAAUACUCUCAAUCUUGAGUUCUUGAUGAACAUCAAACUAAAAAGCAUUUCUGUUAUUUAUCUUCCCGUCUCUCUAUUUGGAUUGCAAGAGAGCUAGAGAAUUUUUUCAUUAAAAAUACUAAUUGAUACUU